CAGCAUGCGGAGAGGAAUGGAGUGCAAUUAUUACUAUCAGAACCCCACUGUAGCUUGCAGCCUCACAGUCAGUUACCAUGAAGGAAAAGGAAAGGUGAAUAAUUGACGCACGGUGGGUGACCAAGGGAAGAGAAGAUUUUAUGACUCGUAAUUAUGAGAUGUCACUGCGGAAGCAAAUAAUUUGCGUUAUUAAAAAAUUGACCUAAACGAGACUUGAAUAUCUGAUGUAAGAUAUAUCAAUCACAGAUGUUAUAUCCUGAUUGUUGUAGAAAUUGCCAAUUGCCAGAUCUCUGAAGCGCCGCAUCAAAAUUACAAUCGUCGGCGACCAAAUCGUUAAUUUGAUCCUUUCAACGAAGGGAAAGUGUGGGGGGUUUUAGGCUGAUAACAAUGGAGUAGGACCCACCAUGGCCAAUCCAAGCUGUGGGGCCAAUAUAUUAGCAAAAACCAGCUGGGCUUCCCCUCCCUCAUAGUCCCUUUUAUCGCUGGAAGCUGGGAGAGAAAAGAAGGCGUUGUGGCAAGAUCUGAUUUAUUUCGCUUCCCUCUUUACAGGGGAGAGCGACAUUGUGGUUGAACUGUAAUCUUCAAGUUCUAAUCUUUUUGUUUCUUUUGUUUAUGAGAGAGUGAUAGUGAGAGGUAUAGCGACCCCAGGGGAGGAGAAGAAGAUAUUUGAGAUCUGCCAUUUCCGGGGUUCAGUUCAGGUUUGACUUGAGAUCUUAAAAUUCUCAAGUUUUCUAUUCAAGGAACCGAUUGAGGAAUGCCAAGAAGAUGGGUAGGAAAGGAAAUUGGUUUUCUAGCGUGAAGAAAGCUCUCAGUCCUGAAUCAAAGAAAAGGGAAGACGAGAGAUCAAAUAAAUCAAAGAAGAAAUGGUUUGGAAAGCAAAAAUUGCAGACUUCAGAUUCGUACUUGGAAACUGAUAAUGCACCUCCUCUUCCUCCACCAGAAGAGGUCAAAUUGACUAACAUUGAGAGUGAAAGCAAUCGUGCUCCCGAUGUUGAAGUUGCAACUGCUGCUACUGAUACUGAGGAGCCAGUUCCUGCGGUUCAAACAGCCCCCGUUCCAGUUCAAGCUGCUAUCAUUCCUCAGUCUUCUAGGAAAUUAAGUACUGAAGUAGCAGCAAUUAAGAUUCAAACAGCUUUUCGAGGAUACUUGGCAAGAAGAGCAUUGAGGGCUUUAAGAGGCUUGGUUAGGCUGAAAUCUCUGAUGGAAGGGCCAGUUGUAAAACGCCAAGCUGCUAGUACUCUUCGUUCUAUGCAGGCUCUGGCUCGUGUGCAAUCUCAGAUUCGAUCUAGGAGGAUCAGAAUGCUAGAGGAGAAUCAAGCUAUUCAGAGACAAUUCUUACAGAAACAUGCAAAAGAGCUUAGCAUCCAGAUGGGAGAUGAAUGGGAUGACAGCCUGCAAUCAAAGGAACAAAUUGAAGCCAAGUUGCUGAGCAAGUACGAGGCCACAGUGAGGAGAGAAAGGGCGCUGGCUUAUGCAUUCUCUCACCAGCAAAAUGGGAAGAAUUCAUCGAGAUCUAUAAACCCUGUAUUUAUGGAUCCAACCAACCCAGCAUGGGGUUGGAGCUGGCUGGAGCGAUGGAUGGCAGCCCGGCCCUGGGAAAGCAAAGAUGUGAAUGACCAGUCGUCGGUCAAAAGCUCGAGCCGCAGCAUCACCGGCGGAGAAAUCAGUAAAUCUUAUGCUCGUUACCAGCUCAAUUCUGAAAAGCACUCUCCAACGGCCAGCCAAAACCUAGGCUCCCCUAGCUUUCACUCCCACUCAACUCCUUCCAAGGCACUCGCUUCUUCAGCAUCAGUUGCCAAAAAACUGAAGAAAGUGAGCCCCAAGGAAACCUCGGUUAUUGAUGAUGACUCUAAAAGCAUGGUUAGCGUGCAGUCUGGUUUUCGAAGGCACUCCAUUGCUGGAUCAUCUGUGAGAGAUGACGAGAGCCUCUCAAGCUCUCAGGCGGUCCCAAGCUACAUGGUGCCAACUCAGUCUACGAAAGCCAAGUUCAAGACACACAGUCCAUUAACAGUAGAGAAUGAAACAGUAGAGAAGGCAUCCUCUGUGACAGCUAAGAAACGGCUUUCGUUCCCUCCUUCACCAGCAAGGCCAAGACGACAUUCAGGUCCACCCAAAGUGGAAAGCAGCUUCAAUGCAGAGGUCACCGUCGGCAAUGGUGUGGCUGGUUGAUUAUGCGGAAAAGAGCUGGAGCUGAACAGAAGUGUUACUGAAAGAGAAUCAUAGAAGAAAUAACUCAUGAGACGAAAAUGUUCAAUCUGAAUGAGUGUUCAUUUAUUGAUUUUAUUAUAAUUUAUCUGUAUCUUAUUGUUGUGGAAUGUAUUUAUCUGGGAUGAAAAUCGAAAUUUAUUUUACUUGAGGGGAGGAAAGAUUAUUGAUGUCCUUAUGGCGUCCUCUUGGAUCUUCCUCAUUAAGGAGGAUUAAUAUACUGUUUAAAUUUGUCGGUUCCUCAUUUAUGGCAUAAAGUGUAUAUUAUGCUAUCUUCA